AUGAUGCUCCCUGUUCGUGAUUCUUUUCGUCCCGAGUUUGAGGCAGGAGGAGAAGAGGCCCCCCUCCUGCGUCGCAGCGGAGGGCUUUGCCCUGAGGAUGGCAAUUGUGUGCAGCGGUUGUUUGCAUUUGCAUGGCGUUGCUUGUGUGGCGUUGGACUUUCAAACUCAGAGCGAUUAAUUCAUUUCAACGGAUAUUCUAUUCCUCAUAGAUUUACGAGUAAUGCCAUCAAGAACACCAAAUACUCCUUUUUUACCUUUCUACCCGUCGUCCUCUUCCAGCAGUUCAGGUGUGGCAACCGCAGCAGUAGCAACAGCAGCCGUUGGUGUUGCAGCAGCAACCACUUCAGUAGUAGUAGUAGCAGCAGCAGCACAGACCUUUUCAUACCAGGUGGAUCCUUGCUUUCUACCGCAGCCCUCAACGCAGGCGCACUAUGGUUGCUGUCAGUUGACAUGUUUUUCUUUAACUUGUUCUACCUCCUCGUGGCUUUGGCACAGCUCGUGCCGAUCCUCCAGGUCGGGCCCCUGUUCACCUACUUGGCACCUUUGGCCUUCGUGCUGCUCGCAACUUUGGCAAAGGAGGCAUAUGAUGAUAUUAAAAGAUGGCUUCGAGAUAAAGAAAUGAACGGCCAGCUGUACAUGCGACUCCUUCCUACCGGGUUUGUCCCUGUGAGCGCUAGUGCCAUAAAGGUGGGGAAUAUCAUAAAAGUUGAGGCUAACGAAAGAGUUCCUGCAGAUUUAGUUUUCUUAAAAACAACUGAGAAAACUGGCAGCUGUUUUGUAAGAACAGAUCAACUCGACGGGGAGACAGAUUGGAAACUCAGGCGGGCAGUGAAUCUAACACAGCAUUUGGCCACAGCGGAGGAGAUUGCCUCUUUAGACGCCCAAGUUCUGGUGGAGGCGCCACGACAGGAUAUCUAUGAGUUUACAGGCCGAUUUUCCUACUUCGGCGGCGGCGGUGGCAGUAGCAGCGGCGACAACAGCCGAGUGAGGCGAGAAGAGACAGGAGAUGCGGCACCUACAGCAACAGUCACAGUUCCCACAGAAGCCCACAGGGAUUCUGUCGUGCCGCCCCCACAGCAGCAGCAGCAGCAGCAGCAAGAUCCAAUCACCAGCAAAACAGCCCCUUCAGCAGCAGCAACGGCAACAGCAGCAAUAGCAGCACCAACAGCAGCAACAGCAGCACCAACAGCAGCAACAGGGGGGCCUGGCGACGCAGUGGUAGAUGUGGGCCGGGGUGUAUGUGGAUCUUGUCACGUGGAGCCCUUGGGGCUGGAGCAGGUUCUUUGGGCAAACACCGUCGUUGCUUCAGGAACUGUCAUUGGGAUUGCAAUCUACACAGGCAGAGAGACUCGGGCGAGUAUGAAUGCAUCGCAGGCAAAGACAAAAGUUGGCUUAUUUGAUUUGGAGGUCAAUUUAAUGUCUAAGAUUUUAUUUGGUCUCCUCUGUCUUCUUUCUCUCUCUCUUGUCGCCUUAAGGGGAUUCGAAGGAAUUUGGUUUAUCUACUUUUGCCGAUUUAUACUUCUGCUUUCAUCUAUCAUCCCCAUUAGUCUACAAGUCAACCUCAUCAUAGCCAAGACCAUCCACAGCCUCAACAUAAUGCGCGACAAGAAGAUGAAGGGCGCACUGGUACGCACUUCCACUUUGCCUGAGGAGUUGGGCCGCAUUGGUUAUUUGCUGACGGACAAGACAGGGACACUGACGCAAAAUGAAAUGCGAUUUAAAAAGUUACACAUUGGGAGGGCAAUCUUCGCGGAAGACAGCCUCCUCCCGCUGCAGCAGAUAGUGCAGCAGCAGUGCGCAGCAACAGCAGCCGCAGCAGCCGCCGCCGCCGCCGCAGCAGCAGCAGCAGCAGCUGCUGCUGCUGCAGCGGAACCAGGAAGCCCCCCCGAAGGGAACCCUGUAGACCCCGCUCCAGCGGCACCCGCGGGUGUAGCCGGAGGGGGCUUAGCGCAGGAAAGACGUAGCAGGAGAGCAGAAGUAGAAAGCGCUGUUUUUGAGGCAAUUAAAGGGCUUAGCAUUUGCCAUAAUGUGACCCCCGUCUUCGAAGACCAAGAGCUGAGAUUUCAAGCUGCUUCUCCUGACGAGGUGGCAUUGGUCAACUUUGCCAGCAGCGUCGGCCUCCGGCUGGUGGAAAGAGAUGAACACACAAUGACACUUCAGGGAGCUGAGGCUGUGAUGCUGUCUCUGGUGAGCCCGAAAGGGUCGCAAUGGUUGGGAGAAGAAUGCGACAACUUUGGCAGACAAGGCCUUAGAACUCUUGUCUUGGCAUAUAAGGAGUUGACGGACUCUCAAUUGGAGGCAUUUAGGAUUAAAUAUGAAGAAGCGAGGAGACACAUGCAGCAGAGAGAACGAAGAAUCCGUAGAGAAAUAGAACGACUUGAACAAGACUUAAUUUUAUUAGGACUGACGGGAGUAGAAGAUAAGUUGCAAGAGGCUCAGGAAGCAUUGGAGAGGUUUAGCAUGGGUCCUAGCGAGUCGGUGCUGGUGGUGGAGGGCAGCGUGUUGUCUUUGUUUUUGUCUUAUUUUCCGAAGUAUUUCAUUCUUGCUGCCUGUCAAGCUCCAGCUGUGAUUUGCUGCCGCUGCUCUCCCACUCAGAAGGCAGCCGUUGUUUCGCUUCUAAAGCUGUACACAGACAGACGCACCUGUGCAGUUGGAGAUGGAGGGAACGAUGUCUCCAUGAUUCAGGCAGCAGAUGUGGGUGUGGGCUUGGAAGGAAAAGAAGGACGGCAGGCGUCUCUUGCAGCAGAUUUCUCUCUGUCUCAAUUUUGUGAUCUGCGGCGGUUGUUGCUUUGGCACGGCCGUAAUAGUUAUCAGCGCAGCGCCAAGUUGUCUCAGUUUGUCGUCCAUCGUGGUCUUAUCAUUGCAUGCGUUCAAGUUAUCUUUUCUGCCGUUUUCUUCUUUAUUCCCCUCGCCAUCUUCCAGGGUUGGCUCCAAGUCGGCUACGCAACAUACUACACGACAGCUCCCGUCUUGUCUCUCGUCUUAGACGUUCAACUCCCGGAGAAAGUUGUUUUUAUGUUUCCUGAGCUAUACCAGUCCCUUAGAGCAGGCAGAGCCCUUUCUAUUAAAAGCUUCUUCGGUUGGGUUUGGAGAUCGGUCUACCAGCAGCGUUUCGAUUCAGGGCGUGCUGCAGCAGCCGUCAUGUUGGAUGCUCCGGAGGUUGCUGCUGCCUUUGGUGCCCCUGCACUUGUUCCGUAG